GAGAGAUGGUGAGGUUGCACAUCCAUCAGACGCAAGAGCGUGGAAACAUUUCAACAAGGUACACGGAGAUUUUGCUACAAAUAUUCGGAAUGUCUAUCUUGGGUUAUGCACCGAUGGAUUUAGUCCAUUUGGAAUGUCUGGUAGACAAUAUUCUUUGUGGCCAGUCAUUCUUACGCCGUAUAAUUUACCGCCGGAUAUGUGCAUGGAACAAGAAUUUCUAUUUUUGACCAUAUUAAUCCCAGGGCCGAAGCAUCCAAAACGGUCUCUUGAUGUUUUUCUUCAACCGUUGAUAGAAGAGCUAAAGCAAUUGUGGUCAGAAGGGGUGAGGACGUACGAUUGUUCCUUGAAAAACAAUUUUACGAUGCGAGCAGUUCUGAUGUGGACGAUAAGUGAUUUUCCUGCUUAUGGGAUGUUGUCUGGCUGGACAACACAUGGAAGAUUAUCUUGUCCGUAUUGUCUUGGAUCCACGGAUGCUUUUCAACUGAAGAAUGGUAGGAAGAGUUGUUGGUUUGAUUGUCAUCGUCGGUUUCUUCCACUUGCCCAUCCGUACAGAAGAAAUAAGACAUUGUUUCGACACAAAAAAAUUGUGAGAGACAGUCCUCCUCCAUAUCUCACCGGCCAGCAGAUCGAAGCGGACAUUGAUUAUUACGGAGCUCAGGAAACAGUUAAGGUUGGAGGAAAUUGGCAUGUUCCUGGAAAUAUGCCUGAUGGGUAUGGUGUAUCUCACAAUUGGCAUAAGAAGAGUAUAUUUUGGGAGCUACCCUAUUGGAAGGAUCUUCUCUUACGCCACAAUCUGGAUGUCAUGCAUAUCGAGAAAAACUUUUUUGAGAACAUCAUGAAUACAUUACUUAACGUCCCUGGGAAGACAAAAGAUAACAAAAAGUCAAGGAUGGACUUACCUGAUAUUUGCUCAAGAAGUGAGUUACAUAUCAAGAGCAAUGGAAACGUUCCUGUUCCCAUCUUCCGGUUGUCAUCAGCAGCCAAAACAACCUUGUUUGACUGGGUUGCAUCGGAAGUUAAGUUUCCUGAUGGUUAUGUUUCAAAUAUGUCAAGAUGUAUUGAACGAGGUCAAAAGUUCUCCGGAAUGAAAAGUCAUGAUUGUCAUGUGUUUAUGCAACGACUGCUUCCAUUUGCUUUUGCCGAGCUCCUUCCAGCAAAUGUCCACGAAGCACUUGCAGCCAUCGGAGCAUUUUUCAGAGAUCUUAGCACACGUACGUUCAAAGAAGAAGUCAUCGAACAACUUCAUCAGAACAUUCCGAUCAUAUUGUGCAACCUGGAGAAGAUAUUUCCUCCUUCAUUUUUUGACGUCAUGGAGCAUCUAGUUGUCCACCUACCGUAUGAAGCAUUGCUUCGUGGACCUGUUCACAACGGAUGGAUGUAUCCGUAUGAGCGACAGAUGAAACAUUUGAAGGGGAAAGCAAGAAAUCUUGCAAAGGUAGAAGGUUCAAUAAUUGCAGGGAGUUUGACAGCCGAAACAUCUAACUUCACAUCAUACUACUUUGCUCCAACUGUUCGUACGAGAAAAAGAGUUCCUAGGAGAUAUGAUGAUGGUGGAGUACCGACAUCAUAUCCAAUUGAUGGUGUUCCUGACAUUUUCUGCGAAAUUGGACGGUUUGGUGGUAAAACGAAAGAAGUAUGGUGGUCAUGUGAAGAAGAUAAACAUAGUGCCCACACUUAUAUUCUGCUCAACUGCGAGGAUGCAAUGACCCGUUACUUUGAAAGGAUGUUUGUAUCUCAAGUUGAAGAAGCAAUACCAGGAAUAUCUGCAACUGAUGUGGAUACACGUAAAGAUAAGCACUUUGUCAAGUGGUUAAAAUCACAGGUUGAUUAUGACGAUCCUUAUUAUCCCGUAUGGUUUCACGAAUUGGUUCAAGGUCCAGUUGCAAAGGUCACCACAUCACCUAUGUAUUUCACACGAGGAUUUACCUUUCACACAUACGAGUAUGGGAGACAUCGGGCAACGAGUAACUACGGAAUAUGUGUGAAAGGUGAAACAGACUUUUACGGGAUAUUGCAGGAGAUUAUUGAAGUGGAAUUUCCGGGGUUAUUGAAGCUAAAAUGCGUCCUCUUCAAAUGUGAAUGGUUCGAUCCUGUUGUGAACCGAGGGAUUCGGUAUAACAAAUUUGGUGUUGUGGAUGUCAAUUUUGGGAGAAGAUACAACAAAUUUGAGCCUUUCAUUUUAGCUUCACAAGCCGAGCAAGUUAGCUUCCUUCCUUAUCCUCGGCUUCGAACUUCCGGGAUAAACUGGGUAACUGCUAUCAAAGUUACACCUCGUGGACGCAUUGUCGUUGGAGAAGAACCGCCCUUGCAAGAAGAAGACGCUAUCACUGAAGUUGAGGUACCAGAACAACCAACUGAUGAAAUCCUUUUGAUCGACCCGCAAAACUUUCAAUAUGAAGAUAUUCCCGAAGAUGCGACAGAUGAAGCACGUGAAGACGAGUUCGAGAGAAGCGACGAUGAUGAUUGUAAUGAUAGUGAUGAGAACGAAAACGAUUUAGAGUGAUGUAAUAGUGAUGAGAACGAAAACGAUUUAGAGUGAUGUAAUAUAUGUAUCAAAUGUUGGAUUUCUCUAUUGUAACAUUUUCUAAAAGAAAGAGUAAGAAGUAGUAUGAAAUAAGAUAUGAUGUUAGAUGAUAUGUGACUUUGGGGUUUAGGGAUUUC